UGGGUGGUGGGUCGACUUGUAAUCCGUUGCUAGGAGACAGUUACGCCGUCCGGUCGGCGGCCGAUCACCAUGAAACUAUUCACUACCGCAGUCGUGCUGUGUAUUGCCAGCAGCGUCGUCGCAGAUGUCGCACACGUAAAGGCCGCCAAAGCGAAGUUGAUCAGUCAUCUGGCAGGCAACGGAAAAUAUCACAAAAGAGGCAUACUGUCUCACGUGCCUCCCUUCAAGUUGGGGCAUGAUAUACCCCUUGUUACUCACUCCGUAGUCAAGCCACUAGUGGUGAAUUACCCACCCACAGCAACCAUUGCAUCAGUUAAAGUUCCACUUACAAAUCCCCAGAGGUAUCCGGUAGGUGUAGGACACAAAGUGACGGGGCUGCCACAUCCACAUUAUGCACUACGGUUUCCUCACACCAAAUAUUACGUGAAACCCGAUCAUCAUUUUCACCAUCACCACCAUCAUGUAGAACCUAAGCCUGUAGUACCUGUGGUGCCAGCCCCGGUAGCUCCGGUGGGCCCCAUCGUGCACACGGCCCCUGUUGCACAUCCUCUCCCCGCUGCUGUCCUGCCAGCUCCACCUGCGCCGAUUGCUUCACCACCGCUGGUGUUUCCUCAAACACUUAAACCUCUUCUUUCUGCAGCUUCCAUACCUCUAACUCCGGGCGUGCUUCCUCGUCAAGUAUUUCCUCUACAACAGCAGUACGUUAUCCGUCCAGGUGCUGCAGUUCAAUCGUCAUACUUUGCCACCUAUCCCCGAUAUCCGUUAAUUAACAGUUACCAAGCUCCAUUGUUUCCAGUGCCUGCGAUUUCUGCAAUUAAUGAUAUCCCAGCUAUACCUACUGCACCUUCAGUCCAUCAAGUAAUUCAAUCGCAUAAUCCGCAUUUUCACCUUGUACCUCAAGCUUAUCCCCAAGAAAGCCCAAUAGAACAACACAGUCCUAACGUCGUUUACGAACAGACUCCUACACUGGUUUAUAAUAGUCAUGACGUCCCACAACCCGCUGUUCACGUUCACCCAACCCAAGAAACAUUUUUACAUCCAACAUUUAAUAUUCAACCCACCCAAUCUAUCCCUCAUUCCGCUGUACCUUUGCAACCAACCCAGCCUUCAGUACCGGUAGAACAUGAUGGUUGGUCUCCAGUUCCAUCCAAUCCUGAGACUUUACACCACGAUGGGGUAGCGCAAGCUCAUCAAUUUGUACAGGAGCAAGGGACGCAAGUGUACGAGCAGCAUGAUUUCCAGCAUCAGAUUCACCAGCACAUCCAACAACAGAUUGAACAAGCCCAAUACGAGCAAAGUUUGCACAACCAACAUCACCUACAGCAGGAAUAUGGAGUGCCUCAGGUCAGCCAUGACUACGCCCAACCAAAUCCAAACCAAGGUCAAGACUUUCUACAGCAGGCCCACGAUUUUUCCCAUAAUAGUCAUGACUUAAAUCAGCAAGGUCAUGAUUUGACCCAGCAUGGAUAUGAUUUUUCUCAGCAAGGGUACGACUUUUCCCAAGGACAUGGUUUUUCCCAGGCAGAUUUCGCACAACAAGGACAUGACUUUGAACAAGGCGAAGACCUCGGGCAGCAUCCCAGACCUGAGUACGGAGUGCCUCAGUCGGAAGGGCGCAGCACGGACGAUGACAUUCAACAGUUCCACAACCAUAUCCCUCUGUCUCUUCAACCACCAAUCGACAGACCGUUAGAUCACUUUCAGUAAUAACUCUAGCUCUCUAGAUAACGCAUGAAAUUGAGUGUCUCAACGGUCGCGAUAAGUCGAAGCGACCGAGUCAUUUGUUUUUAGUAGCAUUUAACAUUGUACAAGAGAAAUAUGUAAGUGAUUGUACUUGUCACUACCUCGUCGAAAGCAUGUGAUAAUUUAUAUUGGAAAAGAUUUGGGAAAAAAUUUGGUGUUUGAGGUUGCGACGAUUUUAUAUAAAGUAAGAUAAAGACAGUUUGUACAAAGUAACAUACAUAUAGCGUAACGGAUAGUUGAAGAUUAAGUUUUAUGUUUUUGCUAGACUAAAAUAUUGCCUUUUUAUUUUUAUAAAAUGUUAAU